CUUAUUCCUUACAACAUAUAAAAUUAAUUAUUUUAUGGCUUUAAGAGUGUAGUUCUGAUAGAAUAAUGAAUAAUGUAACAAAAAACUCGAUUCUUCAAACGGUAGAACAGAAGUUUCGAUUGGGCGAAGUUGUUCUUGUGAUUUUCGAGGCCUAUCAGAUAGUGGGUGUUGAACAUCAGAAUCGCCUUCUUGCUAUUGUCAAGUCUGGCAACUCAUCAGCUCUCUUCGCUUUCAAUGUUUCUAAUUAUCCUCCUGUGAACCUUUCCGAUCUUCACAUCGAAUCAGUUAUUCCGAUUAAUGAAACAUUUCUAAUAGAUUGUAGCAGUGGCUUUGGCAUAUCAUCUUAUCAGUUCAUAAUCAUCAGUGGUAAUGAACAAACACUUUAUUACUAUUAUCCAGAUCCAGAGAUUUUUCGUAGUAAAGAAGUGUUUGAAAGAACUCUUAAAAAAUUAAUUCAAGAAUACUCGGAAGAAAAACAUGGCGAUUUUCAAUGGCUUGAAGCUUAUAAAAGUUCAGAUCUUACUGACAUCGACUUGAACAUUGCUUUGAAUAAAUUUCCGCCUAAAAAUCGUGAAUCAAAGUUUCGUGAAGAGCUUGAAAGACGAAAACCUGAGUACACAAUUCAUGAACCUUAUAAGAUUUAUUGUGGAACGUGGAAUGUGAAUUUAAAUGCGCCUGGGGAAGAUUUAAGUUUGAGAGAAUGGUUGGCAACAACUGAAGAUGCGCCGGACAUUUACGCCAUUGGAUUACAGGAAAUUGACAUGUCACCGGAGACAAUUCUUCGUGGUGAGAUUCGCCCCGAUUACAAUUGGAUUGCAAAGAUCAUGGAAGGACUUCAUCCAGCCGAUCAAUACGAAGAACUUUUGACAGUUCGUUUGGUUGGAAUGAUGCUAACAAUUGUCAUCAAGAAAUCACUCCGCGGUUCAAUUUCCAAAUGUUGUUCAUCAAUGGUCGGAACUGGGACAUUAAAGUUUGGGAAUAAAGGCGGUGUUGGCAUAAGUUUCCAAAUAAACGAAACUUUCAUGUGCUUUGUCAAUUCUCAUCUUGCUGCUCAUGUUCAAGAAUUCGAACGGAGAAAUGAAGACCACGAUGAGAUCCUUCGACGCAUGUCAUUCAAUGAUGGCUUUAAAUCAAGAAAUAUCCUCGAACAUCAUCAAAUCUUUUGGAUCGGCGACCUUAAUUAUCGUCUAACGAAAACCGACGACGAAGGGAUUCGAACAUUUUGUGACUAUGAGAAAAUCUUUUAUCUCGAUCAACUCUACAUUCAAAGAGUUCAAGAGAAGCGAGUUUUCCGUGACUUCCAAGAAGGUAAAAUAAAUUUUCGACCAACCUACAAAUACGAUCCGGGAACGGAUGAUUGGGAUAGCAGCGAGAAAAAUCGCGCACCAGCUUGGUGUGAUCGAAUCUUUUGGAAAGGCGCCAGAAUUGAGCAAAUUGCAUAUGAAAGUGUUAUGCAACUUCGUAUGAGCGAUCAUAAACCGGUUUAUGGCGUUUUCAUUGCUUACAUUCUAACACGCGAUGAAGCGAAAUUCAAGAAAGUUCACGAAGAAGUUCUCAAGACUGUUGAUAAGUAUGAGAAUGAUAAUCAACCACAAAUCACUGUCGCUGAGACCGAUAUCGACUUUGGAAUGAUAAGAUUUCAUGAACAUUACAGUCGGGAACUUCUCGUCGCUAACAAUUGUCAUCUUCCAGUUGAUUUCGAGUUCAUAUCGAAAGAUGAUUCAAGCAACGGUGUUUGUGAAGAUUGGAUUAACAUUUCACAUUUAAAAGGCGAACUAAUCACGGGAAAUUCGUUAAGUAUUCGAAUUGACAUCUUCAUCGAUGAGAAAGCAGCGUCGAAGAUCAUUCGAAGGUUGAGAGACUCAACGCCAGGUGAGAAAGUUCCACUCGACAUUUUAGUGCUUCAUGUUAAGAAUGGACGCGAUGUUUUCAUCACAAUCUUCGGUGAAUAUCAACCAAGUGUGUUUGGACUUCGUUUGGGGACUUUAAUGAAGCUUCAAAAGCCUUUGAUUGAAUACACGUUGCAGGAACUUGUGUCGAUUGAUGACGAUGUUAAUAAUACAAUUCCUUAUCAUAAAGAUGCAAAAGCGCCGAGGGAAAUUUGGUUGUUAACUGAUUAUCUUUAUCGCAAUGGCUUAUUAAUCCCACAUUUAUUUACUGUUCAAAGGAAGCAUAAAUUAAGUCCAAGAAUUUGCGCGAUAAGAGAUUGGCUUGAUGAAUGGUCGACGGAACCAUUUCCAGGCACACCACAAACAGCUGGUGAAGCUUUAUUGAAGAUUCUUGAAGCACUUCCUGAACCUCUUGUCACUAUUACCGAACAUAAUCUCUCAAUUUACGCUUCGUAUUUCGAUAAAUGUCGUGAACUUGUUGUCAAUAAAAUGUCAUUGCUCAAUCGGAAAAUCUUCCUUUACAUUUUAAUGUUUUUGAAGGAAAUUCAAAAGAAUUAUGCAAAUAAUGGAAUGGACGAUCGAACGAUAGUGAAAGUCUUCAGUCAUCCAAUGUGUCGACAUCAAAAUGAUCAACACUGUCAACGUUUUCUUCUUCAAUUUCUAGCGAAUGACUUCAAAGAAUUUGCAAAAAAUGAGUUUGCUAAACAAUAAAGUUUUCUACCCAAUCAACCUCCCACUCAUAUCGUACUUAAAGGGAAGUUUUAAGCUCAACUUUCUUCUGUUCGAACUCUCACAUUCCGGUUGUUUAACAUAAACGCUGUAAAGGAAUUGCUCUCUCUUUCAAUUUGUUUACAUCAUGUUUUGAUUGUCCCCACGGGUAUGGCGGAAAUAAUUGAAAGAAACAUUUGAUCAUUUCCACCUUCACUCCUCCCCACACUGUUACAACUUGCAAGACAUUAUCCGUUGAAAAACAAAAAGAAAACUAAAGCAAUUAUCAAUAAAGUCAUCAUAUUGUAAUUAAUUAUAUUUUUAAAUUCUUUCUUACAUAGGAAAAUAAAAGGGAAAAUUAAUUUGUUUAAAAGAAUUUAAUUUUAUGGUAACAAACUUUGAUUGUUUGUGUCACUAGAUGGAAGAAACUUCUUCAAAGAAACUUCUCUAAAUUUCUAACUUUAUUCACUUCAAAACGAAAAUCAAUUACGGUCGUCUUUGCAACUUAAU